GCAGGAUCUGAAUUAAGUGCUGUCUCAAGUGGAUUAACCAGAAAAUGCUGAUCAUAACUUGCGUAGCUCUCGUGUUCACAAUCGGGCGAUGCACGGACGAGCAAAGCUUUCUGACUAAGACUGUUUUUGUUGGAGAAGAUGUGACUCUAACAUGUAGCCGCCGGGCUAAUUCAGCAGGAUACUUAUUUUGGAAUAGAGUUGUUGCUGGAAACUUUCCUGAAGUCUUAGGAGCAACUUAUACCUUUGACAACGCCGUCGUUAAUAAAACUCCACAUUUUACAACAAAACAAGAGCCUGGAACUUUUGUUUUACAUAUUACUAAAACACAGCUGAGUGAUGCUGCAUUUUACUACUGCCAGCAAGUAGUUGAACUAAAAACAACAUUUCUGAUUAAAACCCUCCUGAUAGUCAAAGGUCCAGAACUAGAUAUCACAGCCGUCACUCAAAACAUUUCAACUGAUCCAGUCCGUCCAGGAGACUCAGUGACUCUGCAGUGUUCAGUCGUCUCUGACUCUGAGAAGAAAACAUGUCCACGAGGACACAGUGUGUUCUGGUUCAGAGUCGGAUCUGAUGAAUCUCAACCGAGUUUUAUUUCCUCUAAUGGAAACAGUUUCAACUGUAAGAAGAGUCCCAAGUCUCUGUCUCCACAGAAAUGUAUCAACAGUUUCUCUAAAAACCUCAACACUUCUGCUGCUGGGACUUAUUACUGUGCUGUGGUCACAUGUGGGGAGAUAUUUUUUGGAAAUGGAACAAAACUGAAAGAUGAAGGUAACCCACAUUUUGCACAUUUACCCUAUUAGAAGUAAAGAUUUUACAUUUAUAAUUUUUUAGCUAGCCAAAAUGUAAGAUUAAUGCUAUUCUUUUACUCCUCAUUAACUUUUGCCACCUGUUCUCGCCUUUAUUAUUCCAGCCUCCAACAUGUUGUCUGCCGAUUGUCAGAGGGUCAAUACGAUUCUGUGUCUGUCGUUUGCUGCUUUGGCUAUAAGUUUGAUUGUUAUAGCCUUACUGAUUUACACCAUCAAGAAAAAGAAGUGCAAUUGUUGUAACGGUAAUAAAACUUACUUCCAUUUAUCACACUUUUACUCAGCGACUUUUAUUUAAUUAACAUUACUGCCAUGUCUCUCAGGUUAAUCUGUAAUUCAUUUCCAAAAUGAAAUGAAAUCAUCAUUACAUGCUGAUUGUUAUUCAUGGUUUGUCUUGUCUC